AAGUACGCCUUGUCCCAUGGCCAGCCCGUCAACUCCGUUCUCGGGGGCGUCUUGCCCCUCCAUGCUGCCUGUGCGGGCGGUGACGAGCUCAUUGUGAAGCUCCUCAUUCAGCACGGUGCAGAUGUGAACGCUGCCAGGCUCCCUCUCCGCUACUCCGACAGAAACAACCGCGAUACCUCAAGCGGCCCCAUCGUCGGCACCUCCGGCUCCACUCCCCUGCACUUUGCUGCCGCCAACGGCCACGCCAAC